AUGGAAGUAAACAGCUCAAGUGAGAGGAAGGAGUCUGGGCUUGACAUGGACAAGCGGCAGGUGAAGGCAACCGUGCUUCACAAGGAGGUGAGCGUCAUUAUCACAGCCUUUUUCAUUGUCACCAUCAACUGUUUGAGUUUCAAAGUAGGAAGCUAUGUGCAGAACAUCUUCACCGCAGCCAAACUAUUCAUCAUCGUCCUCAUAGUGGGAGCUGGUAUCGUUCUGUUGGCACAAGGAAAAUCAGAGACCUUGUCGAACGCAUUUGACGGCAAGCCAGCGUCCGUUGGAGCAAUCGGACUUGCCUUUUAUAAUGGGCUCUGGGCCUAUGAUGGAUGGAGUCAGCUGAAUUACAUCACAGAAGAGCUGAAAGACCCAUUCAGAAACCUGCCGUUAGCCAUCAUCAUUGGGAUCCCUUUGGUGUCCGUCUGCUAUGUGAUGAUCAACAUUGCUUAUUUCAGUGUCUUGACCACCAAUGGAAUACUGUGGUCUCCAGCUGUAGCCGUGACUUUUGGAAACAAAGUUCUUUACCCCAUGUCUUGGAUUGUUCCGCUGUUUGUUGUCUUCUCUACAUUUGGCUGGGCCAAUGGAAGCUGCUUCACUGCUGGCAGACUGUCCUAUGCGAGUGCCCGAGAUGGUCACAUGGUGGAAAUUUUGUCUUUUAUCAGCCUGAGGCGCUUCACCCCAUCGCCAGCUCUCAUGUUUGACGGUUUAUUGGGUAUUUUAUACAUAAUCCCAGCUGACAUCAACUCCCUCAUUAACUACUUCAGCUUUGCUCAGUGGUUUUUCUACGGCCUGACGAUUUUGGCUCUUAUCACCAUGCGAUUCACCAGGAAGGAGAAAAGACCAGUCAAGGUUCCGAUUAUAAUAGCAGUCCUAAUGGUCCUGGUGUCCUGCUACCUGGUUCUGGCCCCCAUUAUUGACAGCCCAGCCAUGGAGUACCUCUACUGUACUCUCUUCAUUCUCAGCGGGCUCCUCCUUUACUACCCCUAUGUUCACCUGAAGGUCAAGUGGGCACGCAGACUCAUGAGGCCCAUCACCAUGCAUCUCCAACUCCUGUUGGAAGUCGUCCCUCCUGAGAAAUGUGAGUGAGGAAAAGGCAGAACCAGGCAAUUUGGUGCAUCGGGAAACACUUUUGGCAAACAGGAAUUGUCUGACUGUGUGUGCCACCGGAAAUUGUAGGGUUAUUACGUUUUUUUUUUUACAGCUGUUUACACACUAGAAUGAAUUUAGUGUGAAUUUUCACACAGUUAACAGGUCUUUACACUCAAGAGGCAAAACACCUGUCCACCCUACACACAUUUUCACACCUUAGACACCGAUAUGGAUUGUGAGGUUACUUUCUUCUCAUUACAAAACCCCGUGACCACACUAAUGAACCAACUGGAUAAGCACAUCCACCAUGUGCUUAAUUUAAAAUACAGCACUCGGGUAGGAGUUGCUGUCAGUGUAUGUACAGUACUUCAUGCAGUGAUUUUUAUUUGUCCACAGAUAAGUUCUCUGUCCUUUAUAGCAGUAAGAAAAACUACUAUUUUA